CCCGGAGAGAGCGCGGGUGGCGGGCCAGGCCGCGGGACAGCCGCAGGUGGGGCCUGGAGCGGUGGCCGGAUCGAGGCAGCCCCGCAGCCCCGCGCGGGAGCCAAGAUGCCUCGCGGGGACUCGGAGCAGGUGCGCUACUGCGCGCGCUUCUCCUAUCUUUGGCUCAAGUUCUCUCUCAUCAUCUACUCUACCGUGUUCUGGCUGAUUGGGGGCCUGGUCCUGUCGGUGGGGAUCUACGCAGAGGCGGAGCGGCAGAAAUACAAAACCCUGGAGAGCGCCUUCCUGGCCCCCGCCAUCAUCCUCAUCCUCCUGGGGGUGGUCAUGUUCAUCGUCUCCUUCAUCGGGGUGCUGGCUUCCCUUCGGGACAACCUGUGCCUUCUCCAGUCGUUUAUGUAUAUCCUGGGGAUCUGCCUGGUCAUGGAGCUUAUUGGUGGCAUAGUGGCUUUGAUCUUCCGGAACCAGACCAUUGACUUUCUGAAUGACAACAUCCGGAGAGGAAUUGAGAAUUACUAUGAUGAUCUGGACUUCAAGAACAUCAUGGACUUUGUUCAGAAGAAGUUCAAGUGCUGUGGCGGAGAGGACUACAGAGACUGGAGCAAAAACCAGUACCACGACUGCAGCGCCCCCGGGCCCCUGGCCUGCGGGGUGCCCUACACCUGCUGCAUCAGGAACACGACAGAUGUUGUCAAUACCAUGUGUGGCUACAAAACAAUCGACAAGGAGCGCCUGAAUGCACAGAACAUCAUUCAUGUGCGGGGCUGCACCAACGCCGUGCUGAUAUGGUUCAUGGACAACUAUACCAUCAUGGCGGGCCUCUUACUGGGCAUCCUGCUUCCUCAGUUUCUUGGUGUGCUGCUGACCCUACUGUACAUCACCCGUGUGGAGGACAUUAUCUUGGAGCACUCUGUCACGGAUGGAUUGCUGGGACCUGGUGCCAAGUCCAGCAGGGACACGGCAGGCACUGGAUGCUGCUUGUGCUAUCCCGAUUAGCUACGCUGGUGGCGCUGUCCUGGCCCGGCACAGCAGCCCCCAGCCGGACUGUACUGCAAAGUGCAUCUAAGUCUACACAAGCUGGACUGGACCAGCUGCGGCUCCUCUGCCCACCCGCAGCACCGACCAAAGCCCAGGGUGUGUGUGCCUGCGUAUAGUGUCUGAUGGCCACUCCUCCCAGGGGAAAGCUGAACCCUGCGGGAUCCCAGGGAACAGGGAUAGCCCAGCUCUAGUUCUGAGCCCCAGAGACGGCAGCUCGGGGCUCCGUGCGGGCUUUUUAUUUCUGGCAGUGCCUUGCCCAGUGGUCAUUAUGCCCCUUCAAGGGCAGUUUUGCAGUGAUUCUUUUUUUAAAGGAGAGAAGGGAGUGUAUCUGUUCCAUAGGGAAGUGCUGGGUACAGCCCUGGUACACUGCUCUAGAGGUGAGAUUGGACCGUGUCUCAAAUUUCCAGGUGCCUUGUCCUCCGUAAGGCUCCUGCUUUGUCCACCCAUUUUUUACUUUUUUUUUUUUUUUUAAAUAACUGUGUUUUGUAUACAAUUAACAAGAGUUUCUGGCUACUCAAAACUAGCCACCCCCAACCGAGUCCACUCACCCCUCCCUGUUGUUAGUUCAUUAAUUGAACAAUAAAGAUGUGUUUUGGGGGGUGGUCUUUCAUUGGUGUUAUUUGGAAGUCUUUUGUCGGGUUGAGAGAAGGCUGCCCCAGGGUGAAGAUUGGUAUAGCUUGGGGCGCUGAGGCCAGGGAGGAAGAAUGUACAGCAUUCGUAUUUCACACACUACGGGAAACUAAUAGUAAGACUUACCAGUCCACAGGUAGAGAAAUGGUUACAUGGAGAAGUAGCUGAAUCCUGGGCUCGGGUAGGAGAACGGUAUCCACAAGUCUUCCCCGCGUUAUAC